AUGGCGGCGCCUGUGACCGUGUACGGGCCGGUGAUCUCACCAGCGGUGGCCCGCGUGGCGGCCUGCCUCCUGGAGAAGGACGUGCCGUUCCAGAUCGAGCCGGUGGACAUGUCCAAGGGCAAGCACAAGUCGCCGUCCUUCCUCAAGCUCCAGCCCUUCGGCCAGGUCCCUGCCUUCAAGGACCACCUCACAACCGUCUUUGAGUCAAGGGCUAUUUGCCGUUACAUAUGCGAUCAGUAUGCGGACCGUGGUAACCAGGCCCUUUUUGGCAAGAAAGAAGAUGGUGCGGUUGGCCGUGCUGCCAUUGAACAGUGGAUAGAGUCUGAAGGCCAGAGCUUUAACCCACCGAGCCUGGCUAUUAUCUUCCAGCUUGCAUUUGCACCGAUGAUGGGCCGGCCAACUGACCUGGCUGUGGUUGAGCAGAAUGAAUCCAAGCUCGCUAAGGUGCUUGAUGUGUAUGACCAACGGCUGGGGGAGAGCCAGUACUUUGCUGGUGAUGAUUUCUCCCUUGCCGACCUUGUGCACUUGCCCAAUGCGGAUUUCCUUGUGAACAGGACCAACAAGGCUGGCUUGAUCACCGAGAGAAAGAAUCUGGCUAGAUGGUGGGAUGAUGUCUCGGCUCGUCCUGCAUGGAAAAAGGUUACUGAGAUGCAGAGCGCACCAAGGCCCUCUUAG